AUGCCCACACACCUCGUCAUCACGACAUUGCAAGCCGCUGGCCUGAGUGCCACGUCCAAUGUCCUCGCCCAGUACAUCACGGCCCACCGAGAGAAGAAACCAUUCGCCAUCCACGUCCGCCCCCUCCUGCAAUUCGUCCUCUUCACGUUCCUGUCAUGUCCACCGAACAUCCUCUGGCAGGACUUCCUCGAGGACAAGUUCCCGGGAUAUACAUCUGUGGGUGGGGAGAGGAUGCUGCACAAGCCCAAUACGGCGCGCAAGUUCCUCUUUGACCAGACGCUCGGGGCGUUUGUGAAUACCCUGGCCUUUGUUGCUGCAAUGGCUGCGUUCAAGGGCAAGGGCUGGAGAGGCGUGCAGAGGGAGGUUGAAAGAGACCUGGUGCCGCUCAUGAUCAACAGCUGGAAACUGUGGCCCUUGGUGGCCUUGAUCAAUUUCACCUUCGUCCCAGUCAAUCAGCGAGUCAUCGUCGCCAGCGUCGUCGGUCUAUUCUGGGGCAUCUAUCUCAGUUUAUUUGCGGCGUUGGAUUAA